AUGGCGACAGUGAAAGCAUGGAUUUACACAAACGCGGGAUACCCGGAAACGUUGCAGUUUCAGGACAUUGAUGCACCGCCGAAGCCCGCGACAAACCAUAUCCUGGUCCAGGUCAAGGCCGCUGCGCUGAAUCCCGUGGAUGUUCAGAUGAUGAACUUGCCUAUCAACUCCAUCCCCGGUCUCAAUGGGCCCAAGAUCGUUGGCCGAGAUUUCGCGGGAAUAGUCCUAGACGCGGCACCCGGCAUAGGUUUCGUGAAAGGAGACGAGGUCAUGGGGUUGACAAUGGCUAUUGAUGGCUCCGGUAGUUUGACCGAAGUUGCCCAUAUUGAUAUCAGGAGCAGUGCAAUAGUCAAGAAGCCAGAGAAUAUGUCAUGGAACGAGGCAGCCAGUCUUCCGCUUGUGUGGUUGACGGCUUAUACAGCGAUCGAAAGGUGUGCGCCGUACAUGCAGGGUAUUAAUGGCCAGAACAAAAUUGUCGUCCUCGGGGGUAGUUCUGCUACCGGAAUCUACUCGGUACAACUGGCUCGGAAGCGUGGCUGGAAAGUACUCAGUACUUGUUCCGGUCGCAAUGCUGAAUUUGUCCGUCAUCUGGGCGCGAAUGAGGUCGUUGACUAUACAGUUUCACCCGACGCCGUUUACUCUGCAGUGUAUGCUUUCAAGCCCGAUGCAGUUGUCGAUUGUGUAGGCGGAACGGAUUGUAUCGGUCUAGCGAAGAGAUACGUGACAAUAGUUGGCGACAAAAUUCUUCGGUCUUCUGUGGGUGGAAAAUUUCUCUACUUAAUCUCUCCUCGAAUGGUGUUGCGAUGGCUGCUCGGUUAUAUCGGUCUUGGCAAUUCUUACGAUUGCAUCCUGUUUGAGAUGAACAAUCAAUGGCUACAAGAAGCGACGAAACUGCCGAGUGAAGAUAUUGUCAUCGACAGCGUCUUUCAGUUUGGCACAGCCAAUGAGGCAUUCAAGAAGUUGAGCACCGGGAGAGCCAGAGGCAAGGUUGUAAUUGAGAUUCAGAGUUAA